UUCGUUGAGUCCGUAACCUCCAAGGAUCUACGCAAUUGCACUAAAACGAAAAGAGUGAACCGAGACGAACAAAUUAGAAACUUCCCAGUUGAAGAAAACCAAUUUCUUUGACCAAAUAUUCCUCAGUUUUUUUCAUCAAAAUCUUAAAACCCCAUCAAACUAAAGCACCCAUUUUCGUGGGUUUUUAAUUGGUGGAUUUUGUGGGUAAUCGGGUAAAAACGAUGACCCAAAUGGAGGAUCAGCUAAUAUCUCCGGCUGAUGCUCGGGGAAGUCCGGCGAAUGAGCAACAAGCAGCCGGAGUUGGGAUUCUGCUUCAGAUUAUGAUGCUGGUUCUUUCUUUUGUACUUGGUCAUGUUUUGCGUCGCCACAAAUUUUAUUAUCUUCCUGAAGCUAGCGCUUCUCUUCUGAUUGGUUUGGUUGUUGGUGGACUUGCUAACAUCUCAAACACAGAAACUAGCAUCAGGGAAUGGUUUAACUUUCACGAGGAGUUUUUCUUUCUUUUCUUGUUGCCGCCCAUCAUAUUCCAGUCAGGUUUCAUUCUUGCUCCUAAACCAUUCUUCUCAAAUUUCGGAGCCAUUGUAACAUUUGCUAUUCUUGGAACCUUUAUAGCAUCACUCUUGACUGGUUUUCUGGUGUAUCUUGGUGGAAUCACAUCUCUCAUAUAUAAACUCCCAUUUCUUGAAUGUAUGAUGUUUGGAGCUCUGAUAUCAUCAACUGAUCCUGUCACUGUUUUGGCUAUAUUCCAGGAACUUGGCACAGAUGUGAAUCUUUAUGCCUUGGUUUUUGGAGAAUCAGUUUUGAAUGACGCGGUUGCUAUUUCCCUUUACAGGUCCAUGUCAGCGUUGAAGGGUCAGUCCUCAAACCAGAGUGUAUUCAAGUUCAUCUUGAGGUUUUUUGAGACUUUUGCUGGCUCAUUGUCUUCAGGGGUCGGUGCUGGAUUUAUAUCUGCUCUGCUUUUCAAGUAUGCAGGUCUAGAUAUUGAAAACCUUCAAAACUUGGAAUGCUGUUUGUUUGUUCUUUUCCCAUAUUUCUCGUACAUGCUUGCGGAAGGUCUCGGUCUUUCUGGUAUCGUGUCCAUACUGUUCACAGGGAUUGUCAUGAAGCAUUAUACUUUCUCAAAUCUGUCAGAAAAGUCUCAACAGUUUGUAUCUGAAUUUUUCCAUCUUAUAUCAUCCUUAGCGGAGACUUUUAUAUUCAUAUACAUGGGCCUUGAUAUUGUCAUGGAGAGACACAGCUGGUCACACAUUGGCUUUAUCUUCUUUGCAAUUGUGACUAUUGUUCUUGCCAGGGGUGUCAAUGUCUUCUCGUGUGGAUAUCUCGUCAAUUUGGUUCGACCAGCGAAUCGAAAAAUACCAAUGACACAUCAGAAAGCGCUUUGGUUCAAUGGACUCCGAGGGGCAAUGGCUUUUGCUCUUGCUCUCCAGUCUGUUCAUGAUCUACCUGAAGGGCAUGGCCAGACAAUAUUCACGGCGACCACGGCAAUUGUUGUUUUAACGGUUCUGCUUAUUGGAGGAACAACAGGAACCAUGCUUGAAUCUAUGGAAGUUAUAGGUGAUACCCCUGAUGUCCACCUUGAUGGAUUUAAUAGGAACGAUGGCUAUGUGUCUCCUGGCCUAGAAGACGAGGAAUCAUCUUCUAACAGAUUUAGGAUGAGACUAAAAGAAUUCCAUAGAAGUGCACCAUCUUUUUCAUCGUUGGACAAAAACUAUUUGACCCCAUUCUUCACUACCCAGACGGGUGAUGAAGACGAACAAGAAAAUCUGAUGUCCACUCCGAGAAGAGAAGUUUACAGCACUCGUACGUAACUGACUCAUUCUUUUGCAAACUGAUAUUGACAAUUCAUCAGUAGAGAAUGUGCUUGAAAUGGAGGAUCAUGCCCUAACAACUGAGAAAGGCCAUGCACAGAAUUCCAAGUUCCGUACAUAUGCUAGCGAGCUGGUUCAUGACUGUGUAAUACGAUAAAACAUGCAUAUAAAUGGGUUAGCUGACCGGUUAGUUUGCUGAUCCUUAACUGAUGCUUUAAUUGUUAGAGAUCAGAUGAUACUGAUGGGAGGUUAAUCAAGUGCAAUGUAUAGAAAAUUGUACUAAACUUCAUGGCUGUCUCAUCUUGUGUGUAUUACAGAAGAAACAAGAACAUUUUACAGGAAUAGUGUAGCAUUUCUCAUGUCACUUACAUAGUUACAGUUGUAAUAGAUGAGUUUGGUAGUUGAUAGUGUUUCAAUGGUACUGUAUUAUGCAGGAAUUUUGUUCUGAAUUCUAGAUGUGAUUCUCUUCCUCUUUUAAGUCAAAUUAACUCAAUUUUCUCGCUUUCUUCUCA